AUGGUGAAAUUCGUGGCACUCUUUGCUUGUCUCGCCAUCGCUGCUGUCUCAGCAGCCCCAACCGAUACCCCACCAGUUGCAUACGAAGUGGUGCCCAUCUUAAAAUCAGAAAUGAACAAGCACGAAGAUGGCUCAUACGAUGUGCACUACGAAGGUGGUGAUGGUACCAGUCGCCAGGAGCAAGCUAGUGUUGUUGAUGAGGGUACCGAAGAUGAAGCACUCGAAGUUAAAGGAUCUUACAAAUACAUCAACUCUGAGGGUGAAGAAGUGGAGGUGUUCUACACUGCUGGCAAAAAUGGUUUCGUACCCUAUGGUUCGAUCAUCAAUGCAGAAAUCUCAGCUGUUGCGGAGGCUGCCAAGGAUUUACCUAAGGAAGAAGUUGAGCCAAAAAAGAAAUCGGUGUAAAUGCGU